AUGUCGAGACUCGUCCUUCACGCCACGACUUCUGCGACGACUUCCUCUUCUUUUUCGAGCAGACGACGACGACGACGGCGUUCUUCCCUCAAAGCUGUUCCCUCCUCCUCCUCGACUUCGAUGAUGAUGAUGAUGAGCUCGAGAUUCUCGUUAGGGAAAACGUCUUCGUUCCGACUCGAUGCUCGCGAAGACAGACGACCAGAGCGAUCGAGAAGAAGAAGAAGAAGAAUACAAAAAACCACGACGCAGAGCUUUUCGCUUUCCUUCCAAUCUCUCAGAGAUUGGUGGAAACGUUCCGCGAAGAUCGAUAAAAAAACCAUCGCGAGUUUAGGCUCCGCGUGUUUGCUUUCCUACGGAUUCGUCUCCAACCUCUUCUACGUGUCCAGUUUACUCGUGGCGACGUACACGUCGAUCAAAGCGACCGGGCAGUCACCGGUGACCUCUUCGGAAUCCUUAAAGGUUUUUGCGAGCUCUUACUUUGGGUUGUGGAUGAUACAAAACGUCGUACGUCCGGCGAGGUUCGCGUUUAGCGUCGCGAUAAGUCCCAAGACGGAUACGUUGGUUGAGUUUUUCCAAAAGUAUGUCCCAGGGAACAAAAAAUCGUACGCGUUUGGAUUGACGGUGUUUUCGGUGAACGUGGUCGGGACGAUCGCGUAUAUGUUUGGCGGGUUUGCGCUGAUUUAUGCCAUGACUGGAGUACCUUUGGAUGUGGGGAAGUUAUUCGGGGCGGCCGUGGCGGCGAAGAAAGCAGGCGGGGUUGUGGCGUGA